AUGGCUUGCUCUGCCCUGUUUAAAGAGCCCUUUGCCAGGGGUCUCCUUGGCACCCUGAGACAUGCCACAGCUCCAGAGCAAGCCCCGGCCCCACCCCGGCCAUACCAGGGCGUGCGUGUGAAGGAGCCGGUGAAGGAGCUGCUGCGGAGGAAACGGGGCCAUGCCAACAGUGGGACAUCGGUGACACCGACGGCGGUGGUGCUGCCCCACCAGCCCCUGGCGACCUACACCACAGUGGGUCCUUCCUGCCUUGACAUGGAGGUCUCUGCCUCCACAGUGACGGAAGAGGGGGCCUUGUGUGCAGGCUGGCUCUCCCAGCCCACCCCGGCCGCCCUCCAGCCCCUGGCCCCAUGGACACCCUACACGGAGUACGUGCCCCACGAGGCUGUCAGCUGCCCCUACUCGGCUGACAUGUAUGUGCAGCCUGUGUGCCCCAGCUACACAGUCGUGGGGCCCUCCUCGGUGCUGACCUAUGCCUCCCAGCCGCUCAUCACCAACGUCACGACGAGGAGUGCCGCCGCGCCCACCGUGGGGCCCCCGCUGGAGGGCCCCGAGCACCAGGCCCCCCUCACCUACUUCCCAUGGCCUCAGCCUCUGUCCACGCUGCCCACCUCCACCCUGCAGUACCAGCCUCCAGCCCCAGCCCUGCCUGGGCCCCAAUUUGUCCAGCUCCCGAUCUCCAUCCCCGAGCCAGUCCUCCCGGAUGCCGAGGACCCCAGGAGAGCCAUCGGCUCCCUGACCAUCGAUAAGCUGCUUUUGGAGGAAGAAGAUAGCGACACCUACGCGCUCAACCACACGCUCUCCGUGGAAGGCUUUUAG